AUCCCACCCACGUGCUUGUACGUGUGAGUGAGCUCUGUCACGUCUCGAGAAGCUUACAGUCACUGACCGGUAACUGGAGCCAGCGAAGGAUAGAAAAGGAUCAAGAAGCUGGAGCAAUCGCGCGAGUCGACAGUCAUACGUAGAAAGUAUUAGGAUCGAAACACGACUGGCACAGCUACGGUUUUCGGCUGCCACUGUAAGGAAGAUCCAGGAUGUUUUUGUGUCGGAAAUGAAUAAAGGAAUUCACCAGCAGCCGUCGUCACUGCAGAUGGAGAAUACCUAUGUCCCGGAACUACUCGAUGGCACAGAGGAGGGCUUGUAUUUGGCGCUGGAUCUUGGAGGCACGAAUUUCCGAGUGCUUCUUUUAGAAUUGCUUCAUGGUACACCUAUACGCGAAGAAGUGAAGAAAUAUCACAUUAGCUCUGAUUUGAGAGUAGGCUCGGGGAUUCGCCUGUUUGAUUACCUAGCAGAAUGCGUCAGUGAUUUCGUCAUUUCACAGGGUCUUCAGGAUGUAGAGCUUCCUCUUGGAUUUACGUUCUCCUUCCCGAUAAUUCAACAUUCGUUGGAUAUUGGAGUACUGGUGACUUGGACUAAAACCUUCAAUUGUCCCGACGUUGUUAACGAAGAUGCCGUGAAAUUGCUUCACGAAGCUUUGGAUCGUCGAGGAGACACUAAAGUGAAAGUCGUAGCGAUUCUGAACGACACUACAGGAACAUUGGUGCAAGGAUCAACGUUGGAUCAUAAUACUGCAAUUGGACUUAUACUAGGCACCGGUAGCAAUGCCUGUUAUCUUGAACGAGCUGACAGAGUCGAACAUUGGGAAACUGAGAGACACGGAGAACGCGAAGUUAUUAUCGACAUUGAAUGGGGUGCAUUUGGAGAUAAUGGUGUGCUGGACUUCAUUAAAACAGAUUACGAUCGUGAAAAUGAUGCGAAUUCGCUUAUUGUAAAUUCAUUUACAUUCGAGAAGUAUAUUAGUGGAAAAUACUUAGGCGAGAUUGUGCGGGUAGUGCUGGCAAAGUUGACCAAAGAAGGCCUUCUAUUUAUAGGGGAUCACACGCCCGGAUCCCUUUUAGUCCCAGGCAAUCUCACAAGCGAUUUAGUAUCUGAUAUCGAACAAGAUUCUGUGGACGGCGACGAUUGCAGUACGAGGAACAUUUUAAUGAAGUUUGGUAUCGAUCCGGACGAAGAGGACGUGAAAAUAGUACAAUACGUUUGCGAAGUGGUAUCUAAUCGUGCAGCUCUUCUCGUUUCGAUAUGCCUAGCAGUCUUGUUAAAACGAAUCGAUAAGAAGAGCGUCACAAUUGCUGUAGAUGGAUCUCUUUACAAACAUCAUCCUAGACUAGAGACAUGGAUAAAACGAUACAUUCCACUGUUAGCUCCUGAACAUAAAUUCGAGAUGAUCCAUGCCGAGGACGGAAGCGGAAAGGGUGCUGCAUUGAUUGCUGCAAUCGCACAAAGACUUCAGAAAAGAUUAGAUUAGUACUAGCUAAAAGUUUCAAGUUCGCUGGCGUAUAAGUUUUUUGUUAGUGGCGUAAGUAAUUUGCAUCGGAUCUCUAGUUAAACAAAUUGUUCAGAGUAUAGAAUAAUUUUAACAAUCAUGUACAGUCACAUUCCCUAUGUUAAUAAUGUCACCAUUCACGUUUCUGAUCUUCCACGUUCAAAGGUCUUAUAUAUAUUUUUGUUAUACCUUUGAAGCGAUAGUAUAUACAAAUUAUUGUACUGUUGUAAUAGAAAGCAUUCUGUUGUUACUCACUUUGUAUCACAGAGUGAUAUUCGGAGGAAGAAGUUAGAUUUAUGCAUUGUAUAUUUUUAUCAGAAAAACAUUUAGAAGGCACGUUACUCAUAAAAGGAAUGUAACGCCGUUUUAUCACACGUCAUCGAAUGUUUGUGUACUUCGCUUAGAAUUUACAUUUUACAGCGUUUAUGAGAACUACGUAUCUUCCUGAAUACUUAUGUUUAAAUACUUUAUUUUUCUUACAUUGUUCAAAAUAUUCGUGACGUUAUUUGUUAUUUGUUAUUAAUUGGGUUUCGUUUUAUCAUUGUUACGUAAGGUUAGUUCGAUCUUACUUGUUGAAGAUUUUUCUCGCAAUUUAAAAAAUGAAAAUACGUGGUAUGUGUGAGGUGUAAUUGUGUACCGUGAAGAAAAUGGUACACUCACGAUUGAUAUUGCGAAUAUUUCUUGAGUAUUGUGAGCAGUUUGUACUCCCAUCUCAAGAAUAUGAGACAAUUGUGAUAUGAACCACUGAACAAAGGUAUUGGAACAAAGUGAUAGGAGAGUUAAGUACAAAAUAAGAAAAAAAUCGCGUAAACAUUCUAGAACACAAAUGUUUGUAUAAAAUGUUAUAUCUUGUAAAUGAUUGCGGGAACGUCCGGUUUUUUGUACUAGCGGAACGAGAUUGUUAUAAUAAAUCCAUAAAUGAAAAUCGA